UGCCUGCCUCGCCUUGCCUGCUGCCGACUCUCUCUCUCUCUCUCUCUCUCUUAAUUUUGUAUUAAACUUUCCGUCGGAUAAACCACGGAGGCCGAAAGAGAACAAACACAAACACUAAAAAAAUAUAAAAAAAGCAUCGAAAUUAUUAUUUAUUUUAAAAAAUUAAAUUAAAGAAGGAAAGAAAAAGAGGAAAUUUCUGUCUCUGUGAGAGAAAGUUGUAAUCGUGUUCCUGUUCUCGUCAGCAAGCAACUCUUCCGACUUCAUCUCUUUCCUCUCUCUCCCCAAGAGACUCUCUCUCCUUUCUCUCUCUCUCUCUAAAAUCUGGAACUGUUCUUCUCUGCUCUCAAGAAUUCCAAGGUUCGUUAUUUGGUUUCCGAUUGCUUAUUGUUACUGCUUUUCUGAAUUUUGAGCUUAAUUGCAAGCUUUGCGUCCGGCUAAACUAUUGUUCGUUCGUAAUUAUUGUGUUCUUUGAAUCUUUUUGGAAUUUGGAAGUGGAAAUUUUGAAUUUUGAAGUGAAUUUUGGGGGGUUUGGGUUCCAUUUUGUGUUUUUGCUGCUGCCGAGUUGUGUUUUGGAAGCAGAUUGUUGCCAAUUGGGACUUGGAACUGGAAGUGCUGCCGCCAUUUAAAUUAGGGUUCUUCACGUUCCUCCGCCGAGUGCGGCGUUUUCAGUGGACCUGUGCUUCAUUUUCUUUGUUUGUUGAGAUUUCAUUGUUUUGUAAUGGAGUUCGGGGCUUCUUUUCGGAGUUUUUUGUCUUCACUUUCGAUUUUACAAUUCUGGCAAUGUUAUUCAGAGGAGGAAAAUUGCCGUCAAUUGAAGUGCAGACGUAGCGUCUUUAGUAAAGAUGACAUGGUUCGGGGUAUUCUGUUAGGUUUCUUAGGGUUCUUGCUGCAGUGUACGUGCUUGAUUGUAGUUUGAAGUUCUGUUAGGUUUCUUCGGGUUCUUGCUGCAGUGUACGUGCUUGAUUGUAGUUUGAAGUUUUGUUAGGAGUCUUUGCGCGUAUUAUCUACUUUAUUCUUUGCUCGUUUGUUCCUAAAGAAAAGCAUUUGGAUGACUUCAAGUUCUAUGUUUAGUUUCUACCUUUUGUGCAUUCUUACUAAUACGAUUGUGACAAUAUGUUUUGGCACCGAAGUGAGGUCAGUUGAAUUCUUUGCUGUAAAGUUUAUGAUACGAGACUUUAUGAUGAGGCUGUUGCUUUUGUCUUAAUCCACUGCAGGAUUCCGAGGGUUUCAUUUGGAAGCAAAUGUUGGCUGUUCAAUUGAAAGCAUUUUACUGGUUUGCUAAAUGCGUUGUAAAAUAAUAAAAUUUGACUGCGAGAAACUGGUAUGUUAUUCUUGUUACUGUCAUUGAUUUGUUUUCACAAAUUGAAGAAUAAGUGAAAAGAAGAGAAUCAUAUUGGAUGGGUAAUAAGCUCGGAAGAAGGAGACAGGUGAUUGAUGAGAAAUACACAAGGCCUCAGGGGCUUUACCACCACAAAGAUGUGGAUCAUAAGAAACUGAAGAAGCUCAUACUUGAGUCCAAGCUUGCUCCUUGCUAUCCUGGAGAUGAAGAAUGCACUUUCGAUCAUGAAGAAUGUCCAAUUUGCUUUCUGUAUUAUCCAAGUCUUAACAGAUCAAGAUGCUGCAUGAAAGGCAUUUGUACAGAGUGUUUCCUGCAGAUGAAAGUUCCUAAUUCAACUCGUCCUACGCAGUGCCCUUUUUGUAAAACCACCAAUUAUGCUGUGGAGUUCCGUGGUGUGAAAACAAAGGAAGAGAAGGGCCUGGAGCAAAUUGAAGAACAAAGAGUCAUAGAAGCAAAAAUUAGGAUGCGGCAGCAAGAAAUUCAGGAUGAAGAAGAAAGAAUGCUGAAAAGACAAAUAAGCUCUCCAAGAAGAAGCAUGGCACCAGUGGAAGAUGAAUACAGCUCAGUAACCGUUCGAUCCUCCACUUCUCCAGAAGAAGGAGAGGAAAUAGUUCCUUCUCAAGAUUCAUGUGCUGUGUCAAUGUGUACCCAACCGCCACCUCCAAGAGUGUACAGGGAGGAUGAAUUUGAUCUGGAUCUUGAGGAAAUAAUGGUCAUGGAAGCAGUUUGGCUUUCUAUUCAGGAGAAUGGGAGACAUAAGUCUCCAUCUUACGUAGAUGCUGCUCCGUCUGAACAAUUUGUCACAAGACAAAACCUUGUCUCACAAGCCAUGGCUUCAGUUCCCGGUUCAUCUUCACCAUCGGGGGGUCUUGCCUGUGCAAUAGCUGCCCUUGCGGAACGACAGCAAACGAGUGGAGAAUCCUCCACUAGUCCUGGCGGCAAUGUGUCGGGGGUUAGUAUGGUUCCUGGCACUAGCAGGUUUUCCAACAGGGUGGACGGAGAACCCAGGAAUUAUCAAACUGCAGUGACCUUUUCUGAAAUGUCAAUCAAUCACAGGAUGGCUUCGACGCAGGAUGACAGAGAAUGGAAUGCUGACACAACACAGAUGAGUUAUGCAAGUUCUGACACAACAGAAGAUGUCGGAAGUACAUCUGCACCACCAACGGGGAGUGAGAUUGAGGGCGAUCUUUCAAAUGCCCCAGGUCCUAUUGUUCCCGAGAGUUUUGAGGAGCAGAUGAUGCUGGCCAUGGCAGUUUCACUGGCUGAGGCUAGAGCGGCAGCCAGUGGACCUGGAGUUUCCUGGCAGUAGGCUAAGUCAAGAUACUACCGAUAGUAAACUCUGAAAUAGAUAUGGUGUGGCCACUGCAGUUUGCUAGCUGAGUCUCGAGCACGGAAACUGCACAAAAAUAGAAGAACGAAAAUUCACGCAACUAGUCAAAAGGUCUAGGUACUGAUGAUUCUCCCUCACUUUCUCAGCCCCUCUUAUGUUUCUAUAUAGAUGCGAAAGGAAAACAGAUUAUUCUAGUGAAAUGAAAGGCUUCUGGUUUUGCUA